AUGACGAGCAACAACAAGGAGUCGGGUGUCUUCUCGGACGACACCCACAUUCCCAAAGACGGCACAAUCUCCCCUUCAACAGAUCGUGGAGAGCCUCAAAUUUCCUCUGUCGGCGAGAUCUUACAAUCACAGGGUGUCGCCCGCAUGGAGGCAGUCUACCGUGAAGCCAAGCAGAACCGCAUCUCACUCUACCUCGUCGGGCUUUCCGUCCUGGUCUGCGCCUGGGCCUAUUCCCUGGACAGCUCGACAACCUCCUAUUACAGCAUCGACGCCUCGUCCUACUACAAACAGCACUCGUCUAUACUCUCUACCCUGUCGAUCGCCACGAGCAUUAUCUCGGCCGUCUCGAAGUCCUUCAUCGCCAAGAUCUCCGACAUCACAUCUCGCCCGUACACGUACAUCGUCACAUUACUCUUCUACGUCAUCGGCUAUGUAAUCGCUGCCUCAAGUACAUCAAUCUCAGCCUACGUUGUCGGCGAAGUAUUCGUCUCCAUCGGAUCCUCGGGCCUCGACCUCACCAACGACAUCAUUGUCGCUGAUUUGACCCCCCUGGAAUGGCGCGGCUUCGUCAGCUCACUACUCUCGGCCCCCUUCAUCAUUAAUACCUGGUUCGCCGGCAAGAUUGUUGACGCGAUGCAGGCUCGGAAUCAGUGGAGAUGGGGCUAUGGCAUGUUUGCCAUCAUCAUGCCCGCUGCUCUCGGUCCCGCGAUUGCUACGUUGCUGUACCUCGACAGAAAAGCGAAGAAGGACGGUCUCGUCAACCUGGCCUCUUCAAACGCGGCACGUCGUGCUGCGAGAGGGAUGGCUAAGGAGAAGGGAUACAGUGGACCGCAUGGUGCUAUUGUGGCACCAGCUGCUGAGCCGGCGGGCACUUGGAUGGAAGGCCUCAGGCGAAACCUGAUCGAAAUCGAUGCGCUUGGUCUGAUACUCUUGGGCUUCGGCUGGAGCUUGCUCCUUUUGCCAUUCAGCCUCAAGACCUAUGCGGAAUAUGGCUGGAGGAACCAAUCACUCAUUGCUAUGAUGGUGGUGGGAUGUAUCUUGCUCAUCGCAUAUGUGGUUUACGAGAUUAAGUGGGCCAAGGUACCGAGCGCACCUCGUAGAUUGGUCAUGAAUAAGACCUUCUUGAUGGCCAUUGUUAUCGAUUCUUUCUACAUGUUGGCUGGCAACAUGCGUGGUUUGUACUGGUCAUCUUACGUCUACAUCGCGAAGCCUUGGUCCUCGCAAGACUGGGUGUACUACAACAACACACUGACACUUGCGCUCUGCAUCUUUGGCAUGGUCGCGGGUCUGCUUCAGCGAUGGACUCACCGUUACAAGAUGCUGCAGAUUUUCGGCCUUUGCAUCAAAAUCAUCGGCAUAGGCAUCAUGAUCGAUGGUCCCCGAGCCACCAACUCCACCGCCCCAAUGGUCAUCUCACUGAUCAUGGUCGGUGCCGGCGGUGCUUUCUCGGUUGUCGGCUCUCGCGUGGCAUCUCAGGCUUCCGUGCCGCACCAAGACGUUGCCUUGGCCAUAGCAUUGCUUUCACUGUGGUCCAAGAUUGGCAGCUCUAUUGGCAGUGCCAUCGUCGCUGUCAUUUGGGCCGACAAGAUGCCUAAACUCUUGCGCGAGUUCCUCCCCGCAACAGCGACUGACAAGGAUGUCAAGACUCUCUUCGGCAGCGUCCGCACCAUUCGCACCAAGUAUGCAUUCGAUGACCCGAUGAGACAAGGUGCUAUCGAGGCGUACCGACGGACAUUGUAUUACUGUCUGGUGCCAGCUUUAGCCCUCGCAUUCGUUCCUCUCAUUGCUGCGCUCUUCCAGACCAACUUCUACCUGGGCAAGCAGCAGAAUGCUGUCACUAAUGUCGGAAACGAUGGUCAAGUUUUAAAAGAGGAACAUCGCAACCCAGAGGCUUUGCCCCCACCAAAGAACAAGAAGGAGGCGUUCCUGAGGUUCUGGGCCGGACACAAAUAA